UGAAUUAAAGUUUAGAGGAAUCAUUGGAAAAGGUGGAUUUGCAACUGUGCAUGCUGCUAUUUGGAAAUCUACAAAAACAGAUGGUAGCAUUUUGCCUCAACUUGUUGCACUUAAAUUGUUUAAUGGGUCAAAAAAAAUAGCUGCGAGAAACUCUUAA